GCAUGACGGGUCGUUGCUCACAAACCCACGUGGGUUCAUCUUUGCGAGGCGCGCAUCUGUGCAGGUCCGUGCCAGAGGCGCGCAGCGACUCCGCGCUUUCUCUUCCCCGCAUUGUGCAUCGGAACACUGCGCCAGCACACGGUUAACAUCGGCCCUUCGGGAUGGAAGGCACGGGCAGCGGCUGGGCAGCGGAGCUCACUCCCCCGUGCGUGACGCAGGAAGCCGGCGGUAACGCCAGUGGUCGGGUCUUUGAGGUGGCGCUGCAGAACGGCUCUACCAAGCGCAGCCCCCAGUUCGUGGGUGUGGAGCUGUUGCAGUCAUUCAAGCUGCUCAUCAUUCCCUGCUACACUCUGGUGGCCCUGGUGGGCGUCCUCGGCAACUACCUGCUCCUUUACGUCAUAUGCCGCACCCGUAAGAUGCACAACGUCACCAACUUUUUCAUUGGGAACCUGGCCUUCUCUGACAUGCUGAUGUGUGCCACGUGCGUCCCCUUCACACUGGCGUACGCCCUCAACCCACGCGGUUGGGUUUUUGGCCGCUACAUGUGCUACCUGGUGUACCUCAUCCAGCCCGUGACGGUCUACGUGUCCGUCUUCACCCUCACUGCUAUCGGCGUGGACAGAUACUACGCCACAGUUCAUCCUCUGAAAAAACGCAUCUCUGUGUUGGCGUGCACUUACCUUCUGUCCGGGAUCUGGCUGCUGUCCUGCGGCCUGGUGGCUCCGGCUGUGGCUCACACGUACCAUGUGGAGUUCAAGAACGAGGGCUUCACCAUCUGCGAGGAGUUCUGGAUGGGCCAGGAGAGGCAGAGGCUGGCCUACGCGUACAGCACCCUCUUCAUCACUUACGUGCUGCCCCUGUCGGCGCUCUGCAUCUCGUACCUGUGCAUCUCGGUCAAGCUGCGGAACUGCGUCGUGCCGGGCCACCACACUGAGAGCCAGGCGGAGGCCCAGCGCAUGCGCAAGCGCAAGACCUUCCGCCUGGUGAGCCUGGUGGUGGCGGCGUUUGGCGUCUGCUGGCUGCCAAUCAGCGUGUUCAACGUGCUGCGCGACAUCGACAUCGACUUGAUUGACAAGCGGUACUUUCUGCUCAUUCAGCUGCUCUGUCACCUGUGUGCGAUGAGCUCCUCGUGCUGCAACCCUUUCCUCUACGCCUGGCUGCACGACCGCUUCCGGGCGGAGCUGCGCAAGAUGUUCACGUGCCGCCGUCGGAUCGGGAUCUCGGCCAAUAACGGCGCCACCGCCAGCGUGGUUUUGUGAAGCGCUGUGGAGUGGGUUCGUUUUUCGGAGGGGCUCUCGGCUAAACUCUUCGAACCAAUGCGCCGAAAGUACCUCGGCAACUCUGCACAGCCCUCCUCUAAUGAUGGGAGACUCUCAAUGGACAGUUUGAAAAAAUAUAUAUAUAUCAUUAUCAAUGUAGCAUUACCAGAUGUUUAAAAAAUGUUUUUACACAUACUUAUAAUCUUGCAACUACAUUACCCGCAAUGCAGCUCAACCUCGAGCAGAUUGGAGUUUCUGGGGUGUAACUGCUACAUCAAGCAUCAAGCCUCCAGCAGAGAUUAACAGCAGGCUGCAGAGGUCUGGCAGGCUUAGAGUUACUUCUCUCUAUUUCCUCCCUUGAUUGUCAAAGUUGCAGUUGUCAGUGGCAACCAGUGUUGCUUCAAGUCACAAUAUAGGAGGUUGCUGCGGCUUCCUCUGGAGCCACAAGUCUUUGCUCAACCUUUUGAGAAGACUUAUGACGAUGCAUUGAUGUGCACACUUGGUGUUCUGUAAACCCAAACUGUCAACUGACAGGUGUGUUUGUACUAUUAAAUAUAUUGAGAAGCCUUAUUAGUUCAACUUGCCUUUUUUUUUUUUUUAAACAGUAGGCAACUUUAUUGGAAAAUCGCGUUUCACCACAAACUAUAUUGUUAAUGAUGAAAAGAACUAAACCAGCAGCAUGUUAAUCUUGUUUCUACACUUCUGGUGGCCUGAGCUGCUAUUGUGUACAAUAAAACAUCAAAGUUGGCAAGGAACCGUAUUACAUAUUAUAUGAGGGCCACUAGUUUGUUUACGUAACUGCAGCGUUCAAUAAAAUAGCUAGCUUAUAAAAAUAAAUCACACAUUUAUGUACAUUCUUAUUUAAAUAACUCAUGAAGGUAUUGUCCAAACAAUAAUUAUAAGAAAUAGCAGAAGAACGUGGUGAAAUAAUUAGUGUCUUUAUUUAAAAUAAAACUACAUUUUGCACAGUCACUUCAUUCAGAACUGUAGUAUUAUUGCGUAGUAUUGCAUCAUUCUGUGCGUUCUUUGCGCUCUCACUCCGGUACAAGAAGAACCAACAACUCUCCAUCCAUCAAAAUCAGACACACAACGUUUUGAAGGCACAGGUUGACAGUCUCAACAUUAAUAUUGCUAGAAUGGCUGCCAAAAAAUAAAAUAGUCAUAUAAGUGACAUAAAUGUUUACGUAUUAGUGUAAUUCAAUUACAAAGACAAGGCUGGUUGCUUAUACUUGA